GGCUAAUUUUAGCAGAAUGCAAACAUUUUUGAUAAGGGGUUCUCUGAAGGAAAGUCGAUUUAUCCCUGCAAGGUGAAACAUGUUGGUUCAAGGACUUUCUUUGUUGUUGACACUUGCAGCUUUGGUUGACUCAGCUGCAAUUCCUACUAAAAUUGGAGGAUUUUCUGGAAGAGUAGAUCAAAGUGGAGUCACAGUCUCAGGACUGUCCUCUGGAGGAGCAUUUGCCACUCAAUUCCAUGUGGCCUACUCUGAACUGGUCACUGGAGCUGGAAUAAUUGCUGGAGCACCUUAUCAUUGUGCUGGAGGCAACUUGAUUCAGGCAACUUACUGCCAAACUUUGCCCUCCAUGGUGAGUGUGUCCUCAAUGGUCAGUGAUGCUGAGAGCUUUGCCAGGACAGGCAAGAUUGACAGUCUGGACAAUCUGAGUAAUGACAGGGUCUACAUCUAUCACUCAUCACUGGACACCACUGUUAACAUUGGAGCUGGACACUCUGUGAGGGACUUUUAUGAGAAUUUCAUGCCAGCUUCCAGCAUCACCAUUGAAAGUGGCAUUUCUUCUUCUCAUGGCAUUCCCACAGAGAAUUAUGGUGAUGCCUGCUACUCAUUCCUGAGUUCAACUUACAUUUUGGAAUGUGGAUACAGUGCAGCAUUUGAGGCAGUCAAUUAUUUAUAUGGUGGAAUCAAUCCUGCAGCAGCCAGUGCCCCAGGAACGUUGUCAACAUUCAGCCAAGGGGAUUUUGUCACAGGAGAUCCAGCUGCAAUCAGCAUGGCUGACACUGGCUAUGUGUACAUCCCUACAAAUUGUGAGACUGAUGACAGUGUUUGCAAGCUACAUGUGGUAUUCCAUGGCUGCAGACAAGGAAUUGAUGCUUUGGGUGACAUCUAUGUGAAACAUGCUGGAUACCUGGAGGUGGCUGAGUCCAAUGACAUUGUCCUAUUGUUCCCUCAAGUCAAAGCCAGCAUAUUCUCACCUCAGAACCCUCUUGGAUGUUGGGACUGGUGGGGUUAUGAUGAUGCCCUUUUUGCAGACAAAUAUGCAACCAAAGAAGGACCUCAAAUGGAAGCAGUGUACAACAUGUAUAGAGGAAACAUGUUGGAAAACAUUCCUUGUCGCUACACCUUGGCAGUGCUGGCAUUUUUGGGAUUUGUGUACAACUACAGCAUGAGGAUCAACAUGAACAUAGUCAUUGUAGCCAUGAUCAACUACACUGCAAUCCCUCAUAUCAGUCAGGCUGAGCAGGCAAAGGAAUGCUCAGUUGAGGGAGAUGUCAGCCAUUUGAUCAAUACUAGUAGUCCAUUGGUUCCUGUUGUGGACACACACCAUCCUUCGCAGGAAGGAGAAUUUGCUUGGAAUGAAGAGCAGCAAGGACUGGUGCUUGGGUCAUUCUUUUGGGGAUAUAUUGUGACUCAAAUCCCUGGGGGCAGGGUUGGAGAGUUGUAUGGAGUGAAAAGGGUCUUUGGGCUGGGGCUGAUGGUGGCAGCAUUGCUGACCCUGCUGACACCCCUUGCUGCUAGGACUGACUACAGACUGUUGAUUGCUGUGAGGAUCCUCAUGGGGAUCUUUGAGGGUGUGACAUAUCCUUCAAUGCAUGCCAUGUUGGCACGUUGGGUGCCUCCAUUUGAGCGCAACAAGUUCUCCACCUUUGUGUACACUGGAGCCCAGGUUGGCACCAUCAUCACCAUGCCUCUGGUGGGGAUCCUGACCACAAGCUUUGGCUGGGAAUCAGUGUUCUAUGUCAUUGGAACUGGGGCCCUUUUGUGGGGCAUAUGUUGGAUGCUGUUGGUCUAUGACACCCCUGAGGAACACCCUAGGAUCACAGCCAAAGAGCUCAAGUACAUUCAUGAUGGCAUUGGUGCUGGUCAUGAAAGAGGCAAGGCUUUGCCAGUACCCUGGGGACAAAUGUUGAGAUCAAAGCCUUUCUGGGCAUUAAUUUUGGUGAGUAUGUCAACAAACUGGGGUUUUUGGCUGUUACUCACAGAGUUGCCAACAUAUCUGAGGAACAUCCUUCAUUAUGACAUCAAAAAGAAUGGAUUUGUAUCUGCUCUACCCUAUUUCUCCAUGUGGACAACAAGUUUGGUGUUGAGUACAGUUUCUGAUCAUUUCAGAAAGAAAGGGACUUACUCUUUCACUACCAUCAGGAAUAUCAAUAACUCCAUUGCCCACUUUGGACCAGCCAUUUGCUUUGUGUCACUCAUAUUUGCUGGAUGCAAUGAGUAUUUGUCUUUGGCCCUGCUGAUUGCUGCAGGCACAAUGCAAGCAGGAUUCUGGCCUGGUACUAUAACAAACCACUUGGAUCUUGCACCCAAUUUUGCAGAAUUCCAGAUUUUAGUUGACGUUCGCUCCGCUUGGUUUCGCUCCGAUCAACAGCAAAACCUGAAGAACUGGGCGAAGGUAUUUUGGCUCGCAGCUGGGAUCAAUGUUGUGGGCAACGGGAUUUUUCUGGCCUUCGGCAGCAGUGAAGAAGCUACAUGGAACCGACCUCGGAUGACCCACGAUGACCCCAAAAAUGGAGGACUUCCUGAGCCAGAGUCUCAGGUCAGACUAGUGUCUGAUUUCUCAAAUCCGGCUUUUGUGAACCUGGAUGAUGACUUGGCAGAGUACAGUCAUGAGCCAGUCACAGAGCCCAGUUCCAGAAAUCGGUCGGAAAUUGUUUUCAGCCUGUGA